AUGGCAGCAACUCCUCCCACUGGAAAGUACAUGCUCUGGGUCACCAUCGAGGCCAAAGGCCCCGCUGAAGCCGACAAGAUUAUCGAGAUGCUCAAGAAGGUCGCCAAGCGUGCCAACUCGAACGAGGAGCCCAACUGCCACGGCUACAUUCCCGGCCGCAGCGUUGACAACCCUAACACCAUCAUCGUUUUCGAGCAAUACGACAACAAGGGCAGCAAUGUCGCCAACAAAGAGCAUCACGCUGGCCAAGACUUCCAGGCUCUCAUGGCUCAAGCCAAGGACCUUACCAACAAGGUCGACAUGAAGUUCUACGACUACGUCUGA